GUCGUUGAUGCCCGUGCCCCAUUUCUUCUCUUCAUACCCCCAGAUGUCGACAGCCGUACCCAUACUACACUGAGCUUGCUUUCUCACUUACGUCCCUCCUGACAAGAGUCACAAGAACAUGGCUACUGCAACACUCACACCCCAACCUGUCCCAAUGGCGACAGAAAGCGAGUACAAGCCAUUCCAGUCUGCCCCCACCAUUCUAGAAGAAGUCAAGGCCCAGCAAGAGCGCCUUCGCGAGCGGCUGGCGGGAGCUCUGAUUAACCCACCACCGGGUACUUCUGCCGACUCUUUGCCCACGGUACCUUUAAUCGACAUUGGUCCAUCCUUUGACGGGAAUCUGGCAUCACGACAGGCUGUCGCUGCUCAAAUCCGCCAAGCUUGUGUGACCACCGGGUUUUUCCAGAUCACCAACCAUGGUGUUCUCGAACAAGCCCGUGCGGGAGUUCUCGAGCAAGCAGCACGCUUCUUUCAUGAGCUGUCUGAAGAUCAGAAGCAGGCUCUGCAUAUUCGGAAUUCACCCCUAUUCCGAGGUUACGAGCCGCACGAUGCAACGUUCGUCAACACCGACGAUCAGAAUGGCGUCCAGAAGGAGACCAAGGAAGGAUUUAACUGGGGUUAUGAAAGAGACCUCGACCCAACCGGUGGAGAUGGCAAAUACGUCGAGUUAGACGGCACCUCGCCUCAAACCACGGGCUUAGGCAAUCUCUGGCCCUCGUCCGAGGACCUGCCAGGCUUCUAUGAAAAGAUCUCUGACUAUUACGGUCAAGUCCUGCAACUUGCACGUCACUUGUUCAGACUGUUUGCACUGUCGCUCGACCUGGAAGAAGACUAUUUUGAUGCCUCCACCACCCAUCCCGGUGGCAUUGCUCGACUACUUUAUUAUCCCGGGCAGCCUGCGCCAGAGAACGAAUCUUCAGAAGCUGCGCUGGAAGCAGCCAGCAAGCUUGGCUUAGGAGCCCACACCGACUACGAAUGCUUCACGAUCCUCCUGUCGUCGUCAAACCCGGGACUGGAAAUCCUCUUCCCACCAUCACCGGCCACAGACAACCGCCCAAUCUGGCGUCCCUGCCCCGUCGUGCCAGGCUCCUUCACAAUCAACGUGGCAGAUUUCUUCCAACGCUGGACCAAUGGCUUGUACAAGUCGACUAUUCACCGCGUUGUCAGCAAACCCGGCACUGGCGAGAGGUACUCUGUCCCAUUUUUCUUUAGCAUCAACUAUGACAGCGACGUCCUGCCUUUACCAGAGAGAUGUGUUGGGAAGUCCCGCUUCUUGCCCCUGAAGGCCGGUGAGUACGUCUUAGAGAGGUUAAGGGCGACGCAGUUGCUCGAGGCGACAACCUAGGCAAGGUUGGGCCCGGGGGCACAAGAUCGAGCUCCACAGUAUCUAGCCAGGGGACAGUAGAUUUACCUAAGCCAUCCUACUCGAAUACAGUGGAGUUUUGCGUGUACAUUCCAUGACCAUGCCGUUUUGAUAGAAUAUUCUAACUCGGGAGCACACCGUGCAGUUGAUCCAUCCAGUACGCAAGCCCUUUUCAUGUGUAGUACAUGACCGAGAACCGCUGCGGACUAGAGGAAGACACUACAGCUGGAGAUGGCCCAUGGUUCAGAUCCUGGAAAGUUCAUCAACCUUUGAGUUGAGGUAGAGGCCCCAAAUUUCACGUGCCGUCUCAGGAUUCCUG